CGUGUGCGCGUGGGAGUUAGAGUCAGAGAGAGAGAGCGCGUGCGUGCGUGCGUGAGAAAACCGGAGCGGUGUGUAUAGAGGAAGGGACGGGGGAACGCGAGGCGCGAUGUCGUCGAGACGCACGAGCCUGUGGAUUAAUAUGAUUAUAGUCGCCGUUAGUGUUCUUAUCGGGACGGCGGAGGUGAGCGCGAGACGGCACGACGAGUCGGUGCUGGUGGAGAGCGUGACCCGCGCGCGCUGCGCCUCCCGCUGCCUCAGUCUGCACCUCACGCGCAUUUCGGCUCUCUUUAAACACUCUCAGGGAAAUGGAUCUCUGGUAUGGUGUCAGAAUCACAAGCAGUGUUCCAAGUGUCUGGAGCCCUGUAAAGCAUCAUGGGAUCUCAGAGAGAACGAGUGUCAGGAUUUGUGUGAGACUGUCUUCCCGAAUAAACAGUCCGAGUGCGUGGUGAGCUGUGAGUUUUUCCUCUCGGUGGAAACAGUGAAGCAGGGGGCGUGUCCAGCUCCGGAGCGAGCGAGCGGAUUUGCUGCCGCAUGUGUGGAGAGUUGUGAGAGCGACGCCCACUGCUCCUCUCACAAGAAGUGCUGCUCGAACGGCUGCGGACGGACCUGUCAAACGCCCAGGAACAUUUAUAAAGGUGUUCCUCUGAAGCCCAGGAACGAACUGACAUUUCUGGAGUUGCCGUCAGGACAGCUGGAGGUCCGCUGGUCUUCAAAGUUUAACGUUUCAGUAGAGCCGGUGGUUUACGUUGUACAGCAGCGUUGGAAUUACGGCAUCCACCCGAGUGAGGACGACGCAACGCCGUGGCAGGACGUGGCACAGGUCACAGAAGAGCGUGUCGAGUUGGCGGAGAUCAGAGCCACUCGGUGGUACCAAUUUCGUGUAGCGGCUGUGAACAUACACGGCACUCGCGGAUUCACGGCGCCAAGCAAACACUUCCGCUCGUCCAGAGAUCCGUCUCCUCCUCCACGCCCAUCCGGACUUAGGGUGUCCAACAUAACGGCGGACGGCGGCGGUUCGGUGAUGGCACAUCUGGCCUGGACGCUUCCCGAAGAGCCGGAUGUCCCCAUCCAUCAUUUUAAGAUCUCCUGGAGCUGGAACGUCGCCGGAAAAACCACCAUUCCUUCCAUAAAGAAGAGGAGGAAGACCAUCGAUGGGGUGAAGAGCUCUGUGAAUCUGGAAGGUCUUGCAGUAAACAGCUCGUACACUGUGGAGCUUCAAGCCGUGGCUCUGUGGGGUUCAGCUAGACUGAAAAGCCCCAAAACAGCUCUGCAGUUCAGCACGGCUCGGGAGAACGAGAGCACGAAGCUCACGACAAAGCUGAACAAAGCGUAUCCGGCAGCAGCGAGGAAGUCUGCGAGCUCCCUGGAGGCAGGAACGCCGUUUUACCAGGACGGACAGCUGCAGGUGCGGGUUUACUGGAAAAAGAGAGGAGAUCCCACGAUGAGCCGCUUCCAUGUCCAGUGGAUGUCUGAACUCUGCCUCCACAACGAGACCAAAUCCCCGGAGAAAUCUGUCACACACGAGAAUUUCAUCGACCUCGCCGGCCUGCUUUUCUCCUGCAAGUACAGAGUGACCGUUCACACACUCAAAGCCAAGAAGCACUCUGAACUGGGCACGGUUGCCUUCACCACGCCGUCUUGUCCUGCCGUACGGAGUAAAAGUCACAAAUCGGUGAUUUGUCCAGGAGAAGAAGUAGCCGUGAAGGUGUUGGCCAAACCGGAGAACCUGACUGCGUACUUUACGGCUAACGGCGAAAAUGUGACUGGACACUUCCUCUGGCACAUCUCCCGCCCUCAGCCUCCUCAGCCAAUCACGGGCUUCCAGGUCACGUGGGCGGAUGUAACGGUGGCGAAUCGGGAGAACAGCCUUCCGAACAGCAUCGUGUCCCAGUCACAGAUCCUCCCUCCGGAUCAUAACUUCCUGCAGGUCUUGAAUCUCAGGCCUGUGUCCUCCUAUAGAUUAGAGGUGCAGGUCAUCACCAGUGUAGGAGAAGGUCCUGCUACCAUGAAGGUUUUCCACACGCCCAGUGUUUCCUCAGCCGUGCACCACAGGCCCAAACUUCGUCAGCACUCAGGACAUCAGAAAUACUCAUCAGAAAGACACUGAGAGACCAGAACACCUUCAGAAAACCUCAGCGUCUUACAGACAAUCUCUUGGACUGAUUCCUUCACUGAAGAACUACUUCUGUGUUUGGUUCUGGACUGGUUCUCCUGCUGAAAUGAAAUCUUGGCUGUGAGAUCUUCUGAGGACCCCGAUGGCAGAAAUGGUCAUGGUUCUGGUUCUCCUGGUAAAACUGGUUCUUGUGUGGUUUUCCUGCUAUGAUUUGAUCUGGACUAGCAUUUGGCGGUGCAAGUUCUGGACCGGUUUUCCUUGUAAAGCUAGUUCUGGUGUUGGAGCUGAACUAGUUCAUAGUCUGUCAAUACAAGAUCUGGACCGGCUCUGCCAAAGGAACAACUGGAUCUGGACUGGUUCUUCUCCUAAAACUGGAUCUGAUCUGCUUUGUUUUCGGUACUGUGUAUACUGACAGAACUGGUACUAGAAGUGUAUUGUGGGCUGGGUCUCCUUCUGACAACACUGAUUCUGCACUGUUCUUCUGGCUACAAAGUUAUGGACUGGUUCUCCUAAUGAAACUGGUUCUACUUCUGGAACUUGUCCAGAACCCGGUUCUGAAAGGUACUAGACUACUCAUAGAAAUAAAAUAAAAUAAAAAAAUGGAAGUAUGUUUUUUUUUUUUUA